GCGCACGCCGACAGCCGCGACGUGCUGACGCCGGAGGAGAUGGUGCAGCUGCGUCAAGAGUUUGUGGAGGAGCUCGCGAACCCUGCUUUGGCCAAGGAGAGAAAAGUUGCAAAGGCAAAGGCUAGGCACCACGCGGGGUGGAAACCUCCGGAGGCGCCGCAAUCUCAGGAGGAGUACCGCUUUGAUUUCGGGAAACAUUCUGGUUCCACCUUGAGGAGUGUGCUUCAGGAGGACCCUGGCUACCUUGAUCGGUUGAUGAGUUGGAGGAACAACAUCCUGGACCAGAAGCUGACAUUGAGGUGUGCUCUUGAGAAGGAGGGCCUCCUCGAGGGGCUCCUGGCGAAGAGGCCCCAGCUGAUGGUCGAGAGAGCGCGGGGGAUGAUCGCGAAGGCGGCGGAGGACAAGGACAAGCCCCUGCAUCCGGAAAUCGCCAAGUUGCGGGUCGCGCAGCACAUCGAGGCCACCGAAAUCUUGGCCAUGCAUUCCAGCGAGACUGCCGUGGCGGCGCUUGCAGCGCCCCCGCGGGACCAGCAGCAGAAGAGAAAACGAGUGUCGGCAGCCAGGUACCUUCUCCCGCACUGUUCCAGAUGUGGGAGCGUGGAGCACAAGCGGCCGCAGUGCCCGAACAAAUCGCUGCAGGGCGAGGUCGUGGAGGACUGCCGCAGCCAGGCCGUCGUGGAUUACAUGCGGAACCGCCGAUCUGCUGCACUUGUCGCCAGGCUGAAGUACACGCAAAUAUCUAUCAGAACGCGGGAGUACGAAGAGAGGGCGAAGAAGAUGGCGAGGGCCCCGAUUGACACGGACUUUGUGCAAAUGGCACGGUGGUCCCCAGAAGAGUUCGUCCACUACCUCGUGUCCGCUGGCAUUUUGCACGACUUGAAAGGGACGCCGUGCCCGCGAGGGAAGUGCCAAUCCUCCAAGAAGUCGAGCUUCCUCGAGGGCGCCGAGAAGGAGCUGGGCCAAUUGCGAUGCAAUGCUGAAAAGGGGCAGGAUAUUAUCAUUGAGACUGCGUGGCACGCGUGUGGCGUGUGCCGCGUGCACCAAUCCGUGGCUCUGCACAAUCCGUUGUUCUCUGGCCUGCUUGGGAAGGGCAGCAAGGGCGUGUCGAUGUGCGUGAUGGCGUGGUGGCUAGCCGCUGAAGGGGUCCCUGAGUCGGUGGCAGUGCGGCAGCUCAAUAUCCAUGAGGGCGUCGUGCAAGGGGAGAGGGGCGACGCCUGCCGCCCCGCGCGGGCGCGGUGGAUUCAGUGGGGCACCGGCUCUUCUCGAACGGUCGAGGUGGAGGUCGAUGCCACGGUCAUUUGCAAGUGGAAAGCCGAGGAGAACGCCGAGCUGACGCAUUCAUAUUACUGUUUCAUUGGCAUUCGCCAGCGAGGUAGCACGUCCCACUUCGCCAUGAUGCCGCUGGGCGGCCGCGUGGCCCCCGAAUCGUCCGAGGCGUAUCACGCUUUCUGCAAGGAGAUCCUUGGCGACCGCAAGUACAAUCUGCUGCUCAUGACAGACGGCGCGGGCUGCUACAAGUGCCGCUGCUCGGAUUGCGUCGUGCGGUUCGAGGAGCACCACAGCGUGAACCACUCCAGGAAGCCGAAGGCCGAGUUUUCCCGGCCCAUCCCCGCGGUCGUCGCCGACGUCGACACGGGCCACACGAGGGGAUCUAUGGCUGGCACGAUGACGAUCGACAAAGAAUGGGAUCUUCUCAAGGAGCCUUUGCCACGGAACCUGACUGCCCGCACUGUGGAGGACGUCGAUAGGACGGACGGCUACGUGAGGUCUCAGCAAUGGCGGCGCUUGGUCGGCAACGACGAUCGAUGGUCGGCUUUUCUCGACGCAGCCAGGGAGUGGGCGAAAUGCGCCGAUUCCAGAGCGAAGCUCAAGCUGGGUCUGGCAACGGGGAAAGCGGGCAAGUUGGCUCUGGCAGCGGGGAAGCGCUUGGCCGCCGAAGCCAACCCAGCAGAUCCCUGGCACGCGGGCGCCCUGUGGGGCGAUCGGUAUCUUGAGCGCCAGGGCAGCGCUCCCGUGUGCGGCCGGCAUGCCUUGAACAAUUUGUUGGGGGCGCCGCAGUUCUCGGACGGCGACUUGGAGGCAUUCACGAGCAGCGACGACAUGUUGGGGGCGCUGGUGAACCAUAACAACGUCCAUUGGUCGGCUAUCCAGGCAUCCGAUGGCGUUCCCAUCGUGACCAAUUCAUACCAGGAGUGA